AUGGCCGCCCAACCCCAGGUACAGCCCCUCACCGAUGAGGAGUUGGCUCAGCAAGGGCUGAAGGUCCCUGGUGGAGGACAGAUUCGGUCGUUUGCUCCAACUCAGCUGCCAACGGGUGCUAUUCUGACCGCCCCAGAUAAGUGGCCCCCUCCUGGUUGCGAUAUUAACGAGCUCGACGACGUGUCCAAUUGGGUUUUGAAUCGCUAUAAGUCUGUCGGCCCUUAG